AUGUCCGUCACUGCCCUAGAAGAAGUUUAUCAAGAGCAAAGAGUGAAUCUGACGAUCAUUAACGAUCUCAGCGAGAACGAACGAGUAUCGGUUUCGUAUGCUUACAGUGAUGGCGAACUGUUCAUUGACUUUCCCGAGGACUAUCCAGAGGAAUCGCCACUCUUCUACCCUAAAUUUGAGAAGCUGGAUGAUCAAGUAAUCGAGGUUAUUUUGAAAACUAGCUGGGAGAGAUUCAAGAGCGACACCUUUAGGCUCGAUAGAUUGAUGGAAGAUUUUGAGCAGUCAUUAUUGCCUGAAUUACGCCAGGAGCAACUUGCGUCAGCAGAAAGUAGAAAAGCAAAAGAACAGACUGCAACAAAACCACACGAAGAUGAUGAUAUUGAAUACGAAAGUUCGAAAAAGUUACCAAAAGCAGUACCCCCAAACAAAAACGAAAAACCGAAAAAAGUAAAGAAUCCAAAGCUGAAAACGGCAGAAGAUGUUAUUCGCCGAAUUCAGUGGGACGAACAACUAGACUCCACAGAGUUCAUCGUCGGUUAUGUAGACCGCUUUGUCGGUCUUCAAGAAAAACAAUUCGACGAGUUUUCAUUUAAAAAUUUCGUCGAUGUUGAUUUUGAAAAACAAGAGUUUGGCGUGCCCCAGCAUAGGAUUCAGUAUUUCAAGUGGAGAGGGCACAUUGUUUGGGACAAGACAAUACGUAUGGACUACAUCUUUGGUUCUGGCAACUCCGACAAAACCAUUUUCGAACCUGACUUUGAAUUCCAAUAA